ACAAUUCUUUUGGCCCUUUCAGGGGAAAACUCGACCAAAUCAGAAUUCUCAUUCCUUAGUAGCUUCCAUAGCAAUUUGUUGGCAGAAGGUUUAAAGCUUCAGGUGGGUUGGGGACACGUAUGGAACAGAUUUGCAGGGCCAUUAAGUUGUCAAGGCCAGUCCAAUCAGUGUGCCUUCACACCUCUUCUUCCUCCAGCUUGGUGGGAUGGUCUUUGGCAGUCUCCCUUGCCACGUGACAUCCACAGAUUGGAACAAUAUGGCAUUCAGUUGUCAGGUUUGGGCACAGUUGAGGAAAAUCAGCUCCUAUCUAAUUGUAGUUCUAGGAAAAGCACAGUAAAAACCGUCACAUUCAUAUAGAUAUAAUAGCUAGAGACUGAAUCCAAUGCAUAUGAUGCAUUUGUUUUAGAUGAUGGGUUACUUCAAUAUGGGGAAAUCUUUCCUACACCCAGCUUUAGAUCAUGCCUUUCUUUGGUUAUUUUACUCCUAAAUUUUGAAAAGUAGCUCAACAGGAUUAUUAUAUAUAAAGCACAUUGGAAGCCCAAUUCUCUGAGUCUCUCAUUCUGCUCCUUAAAGCAAGGCAUGCUUGAUGAUAGUGCAUUGAAUUGUCUCUUGCAAUUCCUAAGAAAUACUAUUAUUAGUUUAGACUUGGAGGAGGAAAAAGAAGAAACGUGUGACAUAUUAUUUAUUUAUUUUUUGAGUAAGUUGUAUUCGGAUUUGGUUAAGAAAUGGAAGAGAGAUGCAAAAGGUUAUUUAUUGGGGUAGUUUGUGGUAUAGGUUGAUGCCCAGUUUUCUUUAUGUAAUAUAUGCUGCUUUGACUU